UCAGGUCCACUGAGCUGGACUCUAACUGGUCCUGGUAUCAGCUGCGCUGUAUGCAGGUGGGCGGCAAUGCCAGCGCGAGUGCCUUCUUCAGUCAGCACGGCUGUAUCACCAGCGCAGCCAACACCAAAUACAACAGCAGAGCAGCGGUGCUGUACCGCGAGAGAAUCAAGAGUCUGGCCACGCAGGCCACCAGACAGCACGGCACUGAGUUAUGGCUGGACAGUCAGGCUCCUCUGUCACCCACGUCACCCCUCGACAAACACGAGGACUUCUUCACCCAGCACACCCAGACCCCCCUUAGGGAAGGAUUCAGUGUUCAGAUGAACACCAGCCAACCACAAGAUGAAGCUCAGGAUAAAAAUAACAACGGUGAGAGUGAUGUGGGUCCCAGUGUGGAGCAGCUCAGUGUGUCUCCUACAUCUGCCGCAGAGCUGUCCUCUCUGAUCAAGAAGAAACACUCCACAGGAAAGAAAUCGAUGGGCAGCAGGAAGGCGGGUCUGGGCGCUCAGAAGGUCAGCAGUCAGAGCUUCAGUGCGCAGCAGAAGCGAGCUCAGGCUGUAGACAGACUGCAGGAGGAGAAGAGCCCGCAGAAGAGCAGCGCUGAGCCCGAAGUUUUGUCUCUGAGUCGUGCGUAUGAGAGUUUGGAGGUGCAGAGGAGGAGGGACGAGGUGAAGCUGAGUCGUCUGGACAGCAAGAAGAAGGAGCAGGCGGAGCGGCUCGGCAUGGGCUUCGGCGGACGCAGCGGUCUGUCUCACUCGGUGAUGGAGGACAUGCAGAUGAUCCAGCAGGAGUCUCCGGCUCAGAGCUCCUCCAGCAGAAGAGCGUAUGAGGAGGACGAGGAGCAGGAGGACAGGCGCUUCUCCUCCAGGCUCCCGGAUGAAGCCACGGGAUCGUCGGAUCUGUUCUUCUCUCAGUGGAAGGAAGCGACAAAGCAGACUGACGUCUACAUGGACGCGGACGAGAGGGUGUCAGUGAGGAGGAAGGAGCCGCAGCCCGUGUCUGAUGACGCUCAGAGGAAGUUUGCCGACGCCAAAGCCAUCUCAUCAGACAUGUUCUUCGGGAAGCAGGACAACGCAGAGUAUGAAGUGCGGGCGCGGCUGGAGAAUUUCUCGGGCAGCUCAGCGAUCAGCUCAGCCGAUCUGUUUGACGAGCAGAAGAAGUCAGCAGGUGUGUCCUCCGGCUCCUACAGCUUGAGCAAGGUUCUGCCCGCCGUGCCCGACAUGACGCAGUUCAAGAGCGGCGUCCGCUCGGUGGCCGGGAAGCUGUCGGUCAUGGCCAGCGGAGUCGUGUCCUCCAUACAGGAUCGCUACAGCACUUGAGACCGUCUCCAGUCGUCCUGAAGAACCUGCUUCACUUUCUGCCCUAUAUCUUUAUCAUUUACUCGGUGGCUUUGUUUGGGAUUCUGUUUGUUUGAUGCCGCAGCUUGAGUUUUGACUGAAACGAGUCGUCAUUCGAUCACUUGGGGACCAAAACUCAUCUUUAGUUGAAGUGAAAUGUUUGCACUAUAUUCCAGCUGUGUGUGCUACAGUAAUAUAUCAUAAACGGCACAAUAGCACAGGUGCGUCUGUAUCGUCUCACACACUCGUGUGGUUCUCAUAGAAAAGCUUUAUAUGAUGUGUAAUGUAGCAGAGGAUGAAGAUGAUGAAGAGGUUCGUCUCGGGGCGUUUCGCACACUACACACGUGACAAUCGUUUACCUGAAGCCUUAUUCAUCUCAUUGCCUUAUCUGUGUUUGUUUAUCGUAUCGGUGUUUAUCUUGCGUUGUCAUUUAUGAACAUGUAUAAAACACGAGGGGUGGGUGAUUUAUGUGGUUCAUUGGUUUAACUCAAUAAAGAUCAGACUUGAAAAAUAA